UGAGCCAGCCGAGCUCCCCGUCCUCCAGACCCGCGCUGACACUCCGCCCGUCCCCCUGACACGCACCGCACCAACAUGAAGAGGCAAAACGUGAGGACCCUCGCCCUCAUCAUCUGCACCUUCACCUACCUGAUAGUCGGAGCCACGAUCUUCGACGUGCUGGAGUCCCGGAAAGAAACGACCCAGAAGAGGGAGCUGGUCCUGAGGAGAAUGGAUCUGCUCAAUACCUUCAACCUGUCCAUGGAGAACUUUGACGAGCUGGAGAAAUUGGUGCUGGAGCUGAAGCCGCACAAAGCCGGCGUGCAGUGGAAAAUCGCCGGCUCGUUUUAUUUCGCCAUCACUGUGAUCACCACCAUAGGAUAUGGCCAUGCAGCCCCCAGCACAAAUGGAGGGAAGGUGUUCUGCAUGCUUUACGCCCUCCUGGGCAUCCCUCUCACUUUGGUCAUGUUCCAGAGCGUGGGCGAGCGGAUCAACACCUUCGUCAGGUACCUGCUCCACCGUCUGAAGAAGCGCCUUGGCAUGAGGCGCACUGAGGUCUCCAUGGUCAACAUGGUGACCAUCGGCUUCAUAUCCUGUAUGAGCACGCUGGGCGUGGGGGCGAUGGCCUUCUCGCACUUUGAGGAAUGGAGCUUCUUUCAUGCUUUCUACUACUGCUUCAUCACGCUCACCACCAUUGGCUUUGGGGACUAUGUAGCGCUGCAGAAUGGGCAGGCUCUGCAGACCAAGCCGGAGUACGUGGCCUUCAGCUUCAUCUACAUCCUGACGGGCCUGGCUGUGAUCGGAGCCUUCCUCAACUUAGCGGUGCUGCGGUUCAUGACCAUGAACGCAGAGGACGAGAAGAGGGAUGCUGAGCAGAGGGCUCUCCUCGCUCAUAACGGUCAGGUGGGCGGACACAUCCACUGUUCCAUAGACCAGGUCUCCGACUCCUCCACGCCCUCCGGGUGCGGCGGAGGAAGCGGGGUAGGAGGUAGUGGCGGAGGGGCGGCGGGGCCGGGUCUACGUAACGUUUACGCUGAAGUGCUCCACUUCCAAUCCAUGUGCUCCUGCCUUUGGUACAAAAGUAGAGAGAAGCUGCAAUACUCCAUUCCUAUGAUCAUCCCGCGCGACCUCUCCACCUCGGACACCUACAUGGAGCAGGGCGAGGCCUUUUCCAACCCCCUGCACUCUAACGGCUGCGUGUGCAGCCCGCAACGCCACUCAGGCAUCAGCUCAGUUUCCACUGGUCUGCACAGCAUCAACACCUACAGAAGACUCAAUAAACGCAGAAGCUCCAUCUAACCCGGAGGACUUUAUGCUUAAAGGUCAAGUCCCACAGGAGGGCCCUUCUAAGAAUAGCUGAGGACAUCAGGGGAACACAACUCCUAGAGAGAAGCUUCUUUCUGGCACUGAACGCUUGCUUCUUUCUGGCACUGAAGAUCCUCUUGACAAUGUGUAUUUAACUUCCAUUAGCUAUGCACAAACCAUUUAGCACUAACAUCAUUACUGGUGUCACUGAGAAAUAUUGCUAAUGGUUGUUUAAGAAGCAUUCGUACUACAAAACUCUGAAACUGUUGCUGUUUGAAGACAGGGAGAAGAAAUCCAGUGCGGCUCUUUCUGCACGUCUGAUAUUCUAAUAUUAAAUAUCAUAAUAUUGAAUUCAGUAUUUUCUUUGUUCAAGAGACAGAAUUUCAUGUUCUAAUAUGAAAAGGGACAAAGUACACUGUGAGACAUGUUUUUAAGAGGGAUUGUACAUAAUGCUAUGAAGAAAUAUUUUAAAUCCACUUUUUCCAGAAAUAAUCUUUGGUUGUAAGUAUUAUACUCACUGCAGUGAAA